UAAAUAAAAAUUGGCGAAAAAAACAUUUAACGAAGGUCACGAGAACAACCUUAGUCCUAACCUAUUAAUUACGUUUUGGAUACGCUUCAUUCUCGUCCAGCUAACGAAUAAUCAGAACCGUUCUCACGGAUCCCUCGUUCUUCGCUUCUCCUUUCUUUACUGCGUUUAAUUUAACGAAUACCCGCAUAGACCAAUUUUAUUAGUUUAUCACUGCAGCAGAGGUUUCAUCGCCUAGGGUUUUAUACACUGAAUUCAUUGUUUUUUCCCAAAAAAAUUUUCAAUUAUUAUUCGGAAUUUUUGGUAAACUAAAAUUAUUCAUGGCGUCGAGUUUUGACCGGUGGGAAAAGGAUCCUUUCUUUAACGCCGCCGAAGAAGUUCAAGAAUCUGCAGACAGGAUGGAAUCUACUUAUAGGAUAUGGUUACACGCGACAAAAGAUGCGUCCAGCAUGUGGAACUCUGAUGAAGUGUGUAGAGAUCUAUAUAUUGCGCUUGGCACUGCCAAAUGGCAGUUAGAGGAAUUUGGGCGGGCAGUGAUGCCAAGUUAUGGCAAAAUUUCAAGUGAUGAAGCGAGAAGUAGGCACCAACAAUUUAUCACUGCCAUUGAGGAUAAGAUAAUGAAAGUUGAGCAUUCGAUAAGUGAAUCGGUAGGCAAGGCAUCUCUGCCUUGGUUUCGUUUAGACGAAGGAGAACAGGAUGAGCUUGCUUUGUUUCUUUCGGGAAAACCAGAAAGUAACAGCAGGGACAUUGAAGAUCCACCAGUGACUAAUUGUUCGAAGGAUUUUCAUGUUUCAUAUGGAUGGGGUGAACCAAAGGGGGAGAUAUCACGUGGGCAUCGCAGGGUGGCCAGUGCUAGUGCUGAUAUUGGAUUUUGGAAAGUUUCAGUUCAUGAUGAUGCACAGCAGUGGAGUUCAUCAAGUGGUUCUUCUGGUCCAAUGCAUAAUAAGGCACCCAGUUUAUCAGGAUUUCUUAGUUCAAUGGAAUCAGUCUCUAAGUUGAAGUGGUCUAGGAAUGCUUAUAAAAAGCUGAAAGCAGUGAAUCCUCAUACAGAAACUGAUAGCACACUACUUCCAACUUCUGAAUUCAAUAGGGGCAACAGUGCAAGCUGUGAAAGUAAGAGUGGCCUUGAUAGUUGUGAUGAAUGCUAUGACAAACAACUCCAUGGAUGGUAUGGUGCUAUUCGGAGAAAGCUUCAAAGAUCUCAAUACCAAAUUCAAUACAGGCAGCCUGUUCGAAUAGCUGUUUGGAUUUUUGUUCUCCUUUGUUUUAUAGCAUUAAUUGCAUUCCACACAUUGUAGAAGGAAGAUAUCAGUGCACAAUAAAAAAAUGUGUAGCUGCAGACAUCACGGGGUAUAUAGACAAGCUUUUGAUGCAAAAGUUCAUAUAGUCCCACUUUGACACUUGAGCUGGAGAUAUAGGUUAGAUUUUGUGGUUCUGAGUUAAGUUUUGGAAUUACAAGUAGAGUCUAGUAUAGUUCAUGGAAACUCCACAAUUUUUUGUUAUUCUGCUAUUCAAUCUGUUCUUCCCUUCUCUUU